AGGAAGUGCAAGGGUUCCGUCGCCCCAGGAGAGCCCCCACCUCCUGUCUCUGGAGCCAUCUGUCCCAGGCAUUUCCGGUGCAGGGAGCUCACACUGUCCCGUGUGCCAGCUCACUGAGACGGUGUCCCCAAGGUCCUUCCACGCUGGUGCAACAGCUGCACUCCCGUCCUGGCUGAGUAGUAUUCCAGUGUGGGGACCCCGCAUGCAUCCUGCCUCCCCGGCUGUGCGCGCUCGCAGACCGCCUUGCCCCCCCACAUCCUGGAAACGGAGGUGCAGACUGGACAGCGUGAGGAGCGCAUGGGGACUGCAGGGCCCUGGCCCAGGGCCUCCCGAGGGGUGGGGAGGGUGAGGCUAGGGACAUUCAGGGGCCUGUGCGGGGCGCAGCCUUAGUAGCUCUGACCCUGCCACCCUCACAGGUCACAGCCGCCAGCUAUGGGACUUGGGAGCGGCUCGCUGCCCCGCCCCCGCCCAAGCCAACACUGUUGCCAGGACACCAGGGUGGUGGCCUUUGCCGAUGUCAACAAUAGCCCCAGAGGCCUCCAGGCAGCGCUUCCGGGGACACACAGGCAGCCAUGCAGGCCCCUCGGAGGGAGGCUGCCCGGACCUACGUCCCCUCGGGCACCCUGGAAGUGGACUUCCCCACCCCGCUAUACAGGGUCCCCGCUGGGCACCGGCCAUCAAGCAGGCGACACGCUGGAAGUACACGCCCAUGGGGCGCGAUGCAGCUGGCCAGGUAUGGUACACAGGCCUGAGCACCCUGGACGGCCACCACCGUAAGGCCCACGCCCGCUGGCAGGGAUGCCACGGCCACCGAGAGCACAGCCUGCCCCCCGCAUACGCCCAGCACCUGCGGGAAACAGCCUGGAAUGACCCCACCGUCCCCGCCCAGUACCUGAGCCCGGGCACCCGGUGGGGGAGCAUGCUGUGGAAAGACAGGCCCAGCCGGGGCAAGGAGUUCGUGGUCAACAGGAACCAGACCGGGACGGAGCGGCCCUGGCAGGUGUCCGACUAUGUGCCCGGCCUGUCCCAGCUGCAGCGCCCGCGCUACGCCACCCAGAGCAUCCGGCACUGGGACCUGGAGCCCUACUGUCCCUCUACCGCCCGCCGGUCCCUGCCGGGCCACACCCCCAGCUUCUUAUAAAGCGCAUGCUGCCCACACCG